GAAACAGGAAGUUGUUGCUUGUGCCUUAUACGGUGUAGAAGAAAGUAAGAGGCACAGAGAAACUGCAUUAGCAGGACUGGGAGGAGCAGAAGAGAGUGGGGUGGGAGUACAGGGAAGUUGGGGAGAGCUGAGGAGCAGAGGGAGGCAACUGGGCCAUGAGGAGAGAAGACCUGGAAUCUCCAGGCUGAGCUGGCUGUACCGGAAGAGGAUAAAUGUGCUGUGUAGGAGGCACGGGGUCAUGCAGUGACGAUUGUGCUGUGUGGAGAGAAGAAUGAAUUUUUAGAGCCGUGUGAUGUUUAGAACUGGAUCAGUCAUCACAGAUGUAUUUGUUCAUGGGUUCUGACAAAUACAAUCUGGAACUGUCAGAUUUUUGCAUAAUUUGCAUAAUUACCAAGAGCUGGAAAAUCAGGGGCCUGUGGAGCGAUGUUGGAAGAAGAAACAGAUCAAACCUAUGAGAAUGUCCUGGCUGAGAUUCAGUCUUUUGAGCUCCCUAUUGAAGCUACUUUAAGGUCUGUGUAUGAUGACCAACCAAAUGCACACAAGAAGUUUAUGGAAAAGUUAGAUGCUUGUAUCCGUAAUCAUGACAAGGAAAUUGAAAAGAUGUGUAAUUUUCAUCAUCAGGGUUUUGUAGAUGCUAUUACAGAACUCCUUAAAGUAAGGACUGAUGCAGAAAAACUGAAGGUGCAAGUUACUGAUACCAACCGAAGGUUUCAAGAUGCUGGAAAAGAGGUGAUAGUCCACACGGAAGAUAUUAUUCGAUGUAGAAUUCAGCAGAGAAAUAUUAUAACUGUAGUAGAAAAAUUGCAGUUAUGCCUUCCAGUGCUGGAAAUGUACAGUAAGCUGAAAGAACAGAUGAGUGCCAAAAGGUACUAUUCUGCCCUAAAAACUAUGGAACAAUUAGAGAACGUGUACUUUCCCUGGGUUAGUCAAUACCGGUUUUGUCAGCUCAUGAUAGAAAAUCUUCCCAAACUCCGUGAGGAUAUUAAAGAAAUCUCCAUGUCUGAUCUCAAAGACUUUUUGGAAAGCAUUCGAAAACAUUCUGACAAAAUAGGUGAAACAGCAAUGAAACAGGCACAGCAUCAGAAAACCUUUAAUGUUUCUCUGCAGAAAAAAAAUAAAAUGAAAUUUGGGAAGAAUAUGUAUAUAAAUCAUGAUAAAAUUCCAGAGGAAAGCAGUGAAACUGUAUUGAAACAUUCACUUGAAGAAGAGGAUGAGAAUGAAGAGGAGGUCUUGACUGUUCAGGAUCUUGUUGAUUUUUCUCCUGUUUAUCGAUGUUUGCACAUUUAUUCUGUUUUGGGUGAUGAGGAAACAUUUGAAAACUAUUAUCGAAAACAAAGAAAGAAACAAGCAAGACUGGUAUUGCAACCCCAGUCAAAUAUGCAUGAAACAGUUGAUGGCUAUAGAAGAUAUUUCACUCAAAUUGUAGGGUUCUUUGUGGUAGAAGAUCACAUUUUACAUGUGACCCAAGGAUUAGUAACCAGGGCAUACACUGAUGAACUUUGGAACAUGGCCCUCUCAAAGAUAAUUGCUGUCCUUAGAGCUCAUUCAUCCUAUUGCACAGAUCCUGAUCUUGUUCUGGAGCUGAAGAAUCUCAUUGUAAUAUUUGCAGAUACUUUGCAGGGUUAUGGUUUUCCAGUGAACCGACUUUUUGACCUAUUAUUUGAAAUAAGAGAUCAAUACAAUGAAACGCUGCUUAAGAAAUGGGCUGGAGUUUUCAGGGACAUUUUUGAAGAAGAUAAUUACAGCCCCAUCCCUAUUGUCAAUGAAGAAGAAUAUAAAAUUGUCAUCAGCAAGUUUCCCUUUCAAGAUCCAGACCUUGAAAAGCAAUCUUUCCCAAAGAAAUUCCCCAUGUCUCAGUCAGUGCCUCAUAUUUACAUUCAAGUUAAAGAAUUUAUUUAUGCCAGCCUUAAAUUUUCAGAGUCACUACACCGGAGCUCAACAGAAAUAGAUGAUAUGCUUAGAAAAUCAACAAAUCUGUUGCUGACCAGAACUUUGAGUAGCUGUUUACUGAACCUGAUUAGAAAACCUCAUAUUGGUUUGACAGAGCUGGUGCAAAUCAUCAUAAACACAACACACCUGGAACAAGCUUGUAAAUAUCUUGAGGACUUUAUAACUAACAUUACAAAUAUUUCUCAAGAAACUGUUCAUACUACAAGACUUUAUGGACUUUCUACUUUUAAGGAUGCUCGACAUGCAGCAGAAGGAGAAAUAUACACCAAACUGAAUCAAAAAAUUGAUGAAUUUGUUCAGCUUGCUGAUUAUGACUGGACAAUGUCUGAACCAGAUGGAAGAGCUAGUGGUUAUUUAAUGGACCUUAUUAAUUUUUUGAGAAGCAUCUUUCAAGUGUUUACCCAUUUGCCUACUAACAACAGUGAUCACGCAGCCAUGUCGGGGAAAGUUGCCCAGACAGCUUGCAUGUCAGCCUGCCAGCAUCUGUCAACAUCCUUAAUGCAGAUGCUACUGGACAGUGAGUUAAAACAAAUAAGCAUGGGAGCUGUUCAGCAGUUUAACUUAGAUGUCAUACAGUGUGAAUUGUUUGCCAGCUCUGAGCCUGUGCCAGGAUUCCAGGGGGAUACCCUGCAGCUAGCAUUCAUUGACCUCAGACAACUCCUUGACCUAUUUAUGGUUUGGGAUUGGUCUACUUAUCUAGCUGAUUAUGGACAGCCAGCUUCUAAGUACCUUCGGGUGAAUCCAAACACAGCCCUUACUCUUUUGGAGAACAGAGUCUAUAGAGGGAUGAAGGAUACUAGCAAAAAGAACAAUAUAUUUGCUCAGUUCAGGAAGAAUGAUCGAGACAAACAGAAGCUGAUAGAGACAGUUGUGAAACAGCUGAGAAGUUUGGUGAAUGGUAUGUCCCAGCAUGCAUAGACUUCACGUCGCUUGCACUCAGUGACACCAAAUCCGUGAUUCAACAUUGAUCUCGAGCAAGUAUUGGUCAUGAUAUAGUAAUUUGUUUACAGAAUCUAAAAAUACAAUAGAGAAGAUACAGGAGGGCUUAAACAAGAAAUAGUAAUAAAUAUCAUUUGUAUGGAUUUUUAAAUAAUCGAAUACUAUUUUAUAUAUGGAAAAAAUGACCAUUUUUUUCACUUUUAGGGGAAAAAUGCAGAAGUGUAAUACAUAAAUUCUCACAAAUUGUACAUGAAACUGAUUACAAAUACAUUUGAAAAACUUAUGCCUCUACUCAUAAGUUUUUUUUUUCUAGCUUUCAUUUUCACCUCAGUGUGAUUUAAGCAGACCAAAAUUUAUAAUUCUGCUAAUUCUGAGGGAGAAAUAGACAAAUCUUUAAAGCUUCCUAAAAUCAAACUUGAUUUAACUCAGUAAGAAUGUGAAUUAUUUGUUCUACUUGGGUGGUUUAAUUUAAUCAUUCUGAAUAUGAACAAAAGGUUUUGGAUUUUCUAAAGAUGCAGUGUUGUUUCUGUUCAUCAGGGUUAAUAUUUCUAACUAUAUUGCUUGUAGCUGACCCCAUUCUGGAUUUGUUUGGUUUGGUUCCAGUUAAAAGAGAGGACAGGAACAAAAUGGGGCUAACCACUUCAGGUGCAGCUUGUGUGAAGGUAGAUGGUUCUUACACACACAAGUUACCACAGGGGUCAGGUUACUUUCUUCAAAUAGCAGAUUUCAGUACUGUAUCCUCAUUGUGGAAACAAGCCAAACCAAAUGAACUCUGGAAAACCUAAAACAAAUGUACAUUUUCUUUUGUGUAUGUUUCCGUGGCCCAAAUGGCAAUAUAAAUCCAGUCUUUAUUCUCCUUUUGUUGUAUUUAUGCUGAGUCCUCCCUUUGACUUUUCAGGAUUUAUGCCUGUAAGAAACCAUGCCUGACUCUGUAAAAUAAGUGUAAAGAAUUAUAGGUACAUCUCUGGAUUUUGUGAUGAAAUAUUAAAAAUAUUGAGCAAGUUG